GAUAAUUCGAAAAUGCCAAUCUUAAGCUUUAAGAAGCAUUAUAUAAUAUUUGGCAGUCCUACCGAUAUUACGUCGAAAAACAGUACGGAACACGACGUGGUUCGAAGAGGAACAUUUGAGGAAAUUCAUCCGAAGUUGACAAAAGUUUACGGGAACUCUGCUCCUUCAAUCUCAACCGUUAAAAAGUGGGCAGCUGAAUUUAAACGUGGUCGCACGUCGCUCAAAGAUGACCCUCGUAAAGGACGGCCAAAAACUGCAACCACACCGGAAACUAUCGAAAAGGUGCACAAUAUCGUGUUGGACGAUAGGCGACUAAAGGUGUGUGAGAUAGCUGAGGCCGUGGGCAUAUCGGAAGAAAAG